AUGGACCAGGCCAUCUACCACGACGGGCCCGUGAUCGCCUGGCUCUCGCCCGCCAGGUCUGGCAACGUCACGACCUACGACGGCAGCGGUCGGUGGGCCAAGAUCUGGGAGCUCGGCGCGUUAGUCGGCAAUGGGCAGAUUAGUUUCCCCGCCUCGAACAAGGCCGCCUUCAACUUCCAGAUCCCUUCGUGCACCCCCCCCGGAGAGUACCUUCUCAGGAUUGAGCAGAUCGGACUGCACUCAGCCAGCGCCAAGGGCGGAGCCCAGUUCUACAUCUCAUGCGCGCAGAUCAGGGUGACGGGCUCCGGAAACGGGCAGCUCUCCCCUACCGUCAGUUUUCCGUAUGUUUUCCUAGUGGCGGACCCCUAUCCCCCACCUCCCACUCUCCCGGCCGCUAGCUCGUUCUCGGAUCUAUAUCCCGUUCUGACCUCUCCUACCAGUGGGGCAUAUACCGGGAGUGAGCCUGGCAUCUUGAUCAACAUCUACUACCCUGUGCCAACGACAUACACCAUUCCAGGAGGGCCCAUCGCGCGCUGCUGA